AUGCCCGCCAGUGUACACUUCUACAAGUGCGACAUUACAUCGCCAGAGGCAAUUCGCAAUACCGCACGACGUAUUCGUGAGGAUGUGGGUAGUCCAAGCAUUUUGAUCAACAAUGCAGGCAUUGGCACCGCAAAAUCUCUACUUGACGAAACAAAUGAGGAGAUUCAACGCACUUUUGAUGUCAACAACGUUGCUCAUUUUUGGAUGGCACGCGAAUUUCUUCCACAGAUGAUCCAGCAAAACCAUGGUCAUGUAGUCACUGUUGCAAGCAUGGCGAGCUUUAUAACACUCGCAUCAAACGUAUCCUACUCUUGUACAAAGGCAGCGGCUCUAAGUUUCCACGAAGGCAUGGCGCAAGAGCUUCGGCACAGGCAUGGUGCAAGGAAAGUUCGGACAUCGUAA